GGCAGGGCGACUACAAGCCCCAGGCUGCCCGGCCGGGAGGCAGGGCGGGAGCGACGUGGCGCUGCGCGGCCCCGCUCCGGCCGCCGGACCCCCAUCCGCUCCGCCCCGAUCCGCGCCCGCCGCCGCGGAGCGCCGGGGGCUCUGCCCCGCUGCGCCAUGGGUCGUGCACUGCUGGUCCUCCUCUUAUCUGCAACAGUCUCUCUCCUGGGCGGGCUGAUAUUUGGAUACGAGCUGGGGAUUAUCUCCGGCGCACUGCUGCAGUUGCAGAUAGACUUUCACCUCAGCUGCUUCAAGCAAGAAGUUCUUGUGAGUGCCCUCCUUAUCGGAGCUCUCCUCGCCUCUCUGGUUGGAGGGAUCCUCAUUGACCGCCAUGGACGGAGGAGAGCAAUCCUUGUCAGCAACUUGGUCCUGUUGGUUGGCAGCCUUAUUCUCACACUGGCGAGGUCAUUUAUUGGGCUGGUCAUUGGGCGCAUGACCGUGGGCUUUGCCAUCUCUGUCUCAUCCAUGGCCUGCUGCAUCUACGUCUCAGAAAUGGUGGCUGCUCAUCAGCGAGGGCUGCUGGUGUCUCUCUACGAAGUAGGCAUCACCAUAGGCAUCCUACUGUCCUAUGCACUGAAUUACAUCUUUGCGGACGUGGAUGAGGGAUGGAGGUACAUGUUUGGACUGGCCAUUGCCCCGACGGCCAUGCAGUUCCUCAGCAUCCUCUUUCUCCCAGUGAACCCAGUUAAAUUAAGCUCGUGGGACUCAGACUGCCAGAAGGGUCUUAUUCAAUUACAGGACACUGAGGACAGAGCAGCAGCAAAGCGGGAGCCCUAUAAGGAGAAGCAUUACUUAUUUCUUGACCUUUUCAGGACCAGAGACAACAUGAGAAGGCGGACUCUGGUGGGCCUAGGACUGGUGCUCUUCCAGCAGUUCACUGGGCAGCCCAAUGUGCUGGGCUAUGCCUCCAAAAUCUUCCACUCGGUGGGGUUCCAGAGCAACUCCUCGGCAAUCCUGGCCUCUGUCGGGCUGGGGGCAAUAAAGGUGGUGGCCACUCUCGUUGCGAUGGCCUUUGCAGACAAGGCUGGCAGGAGGGUGCUACUCAUGGCUGGCUGCAUGGUGAUGGCCAUCUCUGUCACCACCAUUGGCCUCACCAGCCGCAUUGCUCCGCUGGCCAUGGCCAGGGACUGCGAAGCAGCCACAGACCCCAAUGCAUCCCACAGCCUCACCCAGCACCCCCUCACGCCCCUAUCCUCCCAGCCUACUGUGUCACCCAUCCUGCCAGCAUUAGGUGCUGGCAAAAGUCAGGCAGGCCCUGGGUUUGCUGCCACGAGGAGCCUUACCAAAGCUUUUGCCAGUACUCAAAGCAGAGAGGUUGUUCCCGAUUCUUCCCUCACUCAGAAAAGGGGCUUGGUAGGUCAGGCCAAAGAAGAGACAGUGGGAAGCGCUGGCCCUCCUUUCGGUGGUGCUCCCUGGGCAGAACAUGUGGUUUUAAAUUGGAUUACACUGCUGAGCAUGAUGGCUUUCGUAAGCGCCUUCUCAGUUGGAUUUGGACCAAUGACCUGGCUGGUCCUCAGUGAGAUCUACCCCGCUGGGAUAAGAGGAAGAGCCUUUGCCUUCUGUAACAGCUUUAACUGGGCUGCCAACUUACUAAUCAGCCUCUCCUUCCUGGACCUGAUUGAUGCCAUUGGUUUCUCUUGGAUGUUCCUCCUCUAUGGACUGAUGGGAGUGAUGGCUGUUAUAUUCAUUUACCUUUUUGUUCCGGAAACGAAAGGACAGUCCUUAGAGGAGAUAGACCAGCAGUUCUCCAGGAAACGGGUGUGGGAAGGAAACGUGUUUAAGCAGAGACGUGGAAGAGGAGUGAGCUGCACACAUGCACAGUAUUGGAGAGUGGAGCACGCCAGCAGCACAUGAAACCAAUGACGUGCCCUCAGCAUCACCCUGAAGAGAGGAGCAGGCUGUGCUAUCCUGACAGUUCUUUUCCGUGGCCUUUAACUGGUGACCUCUGUUCCGAGACAGUUCUCCCUGCAGUGCCUUAGAUCUUGGGACAUGCCGAUAGCUGUCCUUUGGGUCCUUGGAGGAUUGUACGUCCCAGGCAGGGAACAUGUCAUUCCUUUGAUAUCUUUUUUUUUUCAUGGUUUGUAUGUCCUGUCAUUUAAGAGAUUAAUGGUUUUGUACACAUGAAUUAAAGCACAACUUUUGCUGACAA